UAUUUGUGUUUGUGAUGAUAAUGACUAUGAUUAUACUGAUGCAGUAAUAGACAUGUUAUUGAAUGGUGUUAGCCGGGAAGUCGGGGAUUCGGAUGAAAUUGAUGAUGGUAAAGAGCCUGUUCUGUCCGGUGGUAUUUGGAAAUGUGGAAAUUGCGAUGGCAUAGAUGAAAAAAAACUUAUGUAUUCUGAGAUAAAUGAAAUUGAAGACAAAAUGAUGUCUGAUUCUUCUGUAAAUAUACAGAUCGCCUUCACUCUUCCAGGGAUGCAAUGUAUUACGAUACAUUCUGAAACGCCAGGUGUAGUACGGCGCAUUACUGGUGCAUGUACCAGUGGUACCCUCACUCUCAGUGUCGCUUCCGUUCCAUAUUUCACUGUGAAUAUUUAUGGCUGA